CUGUUUCACGCAGGCGCAGUUGAUGAUAGGAAAUACAUGACCGUGAACGGACCAAAUGUGGAGUUUCUCAGCUCAGAGGAGAUGUUUUCACUGCUCGCUAAGCGUGAUGAAGAAGUUGAAGGGGAAAACUGCGGCAGAGCAGCGCUGGCUGCUGAGGCAGCUUAAAGACCCGUAUGUCAAAGCUUCGCACGCUCAAAACUUUCGGUGCAGAAGCGCCUUUAAACUCCUGGAGAUAGACGACAAGUUCGGGCUUCUGCUGCCCGGAUACAGCGUGGUUGACUGCGGUGCUGCUCCAGGAGCCUGGAGCCAGGUGGCUGUGCAAAGGGUCAACUCUGCUGGGACAGAUCAAGGCUCGCCACGUGGAACAGUUAUUGGCAUCGAUCUGCUCAACAUACCACCUCUGGACGGCGCCCACUUCCUGUCCCGCCACGAUGUCACCGACCCCGCCACGCACGCCAAGCUGCAGGAGCUGCUCCCCCAGGGCCAGGCUCAUGUCAUCCUGAGCGACAUGGCGCCCAACGCCAGCGGCUUCAGAGACAUGGACCAUGAGAGACAGAUCACCAUGUGUUUGUCUCUGAUAGACUUGGCUGGGAAGAUUCUGCUGCCUCAAGGCUCUCUGCUCUGCAAAUACUGGGAUGGCGGCCUUUCUCAUCAGCUCCAGGAGAAACUCUCAUCUGUAUUCGGGAGUGUUCGGACCUUAAAACCAGACGCCAGCAGAAAGGAUUCAGCUGAGAGAUAUUUCCUCGCCAAAAUGUACAGGAAGCCAGUUAAAUGAUAUUUGUUGCCCUUCAUUUAAGUGAUGACUGGCGCAUUUACAGAAGUGCUUGACAGUCUCUGAACAUGCAGAGGUUUACUGAGCGGCUGUUAUCAGAAGAUGGCAGUGUUGAGACAUCAGUGAGGCUUGCGACUCCAGGCACAAAGGCGAGCAUAUUUAUAAGGGCUGUGAUCUGCGUCUGUGCCCUGCAAACCUAACACAGUAGCAGCACUUAAUCAGUAAAAUGAAAACCUAUGCAAGAAUCAGUGAGAUUCCUCAAGAGCAUUUUUCUUAUUAUUGCCCCCAGUAGCUGUUCCAGUCUCUGUUUAGUAUUUGCUUUGAUGCAGAAAGUCGUUUAGCUCAGAUGCUCAUGGUAAUAUUGUGCACUUCCAGCCAUGUGCUGUUGAUCAGUGAUGAAAAACAUGAAGGGAAAAACAAAUUUCUAAGGGUCAUGGACAGCGUGACUAAUGGAAAGUGGGAUGACAGUAAAGAUGGUGUGAAUCGUACACCUUUUGUUAUCUGACAGAGGAAACAUCCAUGUCCUAGUUAGUGUUUUUCACUAAAUUGAUGGAUUUAAAUUACGCUUUAUUUUACCUCAAUCACUGACAAAACACUUAAAGUAACCCAAUAUUACUUGUCUUUGCCCCCACAUGAAUUAUACCGUUUAUUGACAUAAUAUUUAAUAAAAUAAUGAGACACUUUGUUUAUAGUAAAGUUGAACACUUUAGUUCAGUUUAGACCUGGGUAAAAGUUUGUUCUUUGUAAUGUGCCUAUUAUUAUUUCUUAUUAUUGUAAUUUGGCAUUGGAAGCUCUCCACAUUUUAUGCAUGUGCAUCAUUUCUAAUAAUUUUCCAUUUAAUGGAUACCAGUCUUAGUUUCGUAAAUAAAAUGCAACUUCAAGAACAUUGACAAAAGGCUGCUUUGUGCACUUGCAUCUCAGUAAACUGGAAUAUCUUCGGAAUAAAAAUUUGUUUCAGUAAUUCGAAACUCAGAUUUAUUACACAGUGCGUCAUGAAUUUCAAACCAAUCUUAAUGGAUUCUGAUGAUUAUGGCUUAUGGCUUGUGGAAACCCAAAAAAUUUUUUCUCUGAAUCUUGGAACAUAUUACAUAAGACCCAUGAAAAAAGUAUUUUUUUUCAGAAAUAACUUACAAAGUCAUUGGAAACAUUCCUGAGCUGACUGCGAUCAUCAAGUAAGCCACUGGCUGUUUCUAAGCAUAUUAAUGGAAAGUUGAGUGGAAGGAAAAUGGUGCACAGCCAGCAGGGAUGCCCACAGCCUUGAAGGGAUUAUGAUACAAACCCCUCUCAAGAGUUUGCUUGAGAUUCACAAAGUUUUGAAAACAGCUGCAACAAGAGUCAUAUUGUUUUUUUUAGACCAGACUGUUGCUCAUUGGUCCAGUCCUCUUUUCACUUAAAAGUAAACUUUACAUUGCAUGUGGUAAUUAAAGCCCCAGAGUCUAGAAGAAGAGUUUUGAAGCACAGAAUCUAAGCUCCUUGAGGCCCCUUUCCACAAUCAGUGAUAAUUUGGGGAGCAAUGUCAUCUGCUGCUGUUCAACUACUGUGUUUGUUCAAGUCCAAUGUCGGCACAACCAUCUUCCAGAAAACCUUAAAGCAGUUCUGCUGGCAAGCCUUAUGUAAUUACUGAAGUACCUUUCCAGCAGCACUUGGCAGCCGCUUACACUGCCAAAGGUACCAGUACCUGCUUUAGUGACCAUGGUAUCACCGUCCUUGAUUGGGCUGCAGACUCUCCUGACCUCGUCCCCAAGGAGAAUCUACGGAGUAUCAUCAAGAGGGAAAUGAGCGACACCAGAGCCAACAAUGCAGACGAGCAGAAGGUUGCUAUUAACAACUCAGCAGAGCUGCAGGCAUUUCAUCUCCAUGCCAUGCUGCAUUGAUGCACAGGAACGCCAAAUAAAUAUUAGGCCUUUUCAUGAUGUUUUUGCAUCUUGCCACCUUAUAGGUCAUAGUUGUCAUUGUUUUGAUUCUACCCCUAAGGAAGAUCAGAGGUGGAAUAUUGCUUUUGAACAGUGAAAGAUCUAUUUAAUAGGAGCCAAAUCUAUUUUAAAAUAGUACUUCUAAAUGGCUUUGUUAAGCACUCAACCAGUUUUGUCACAUUUCCUAAAUGAAUUCACGUCUCUUAGUUUAAUUGGCACAUUUUCAUUCCUUAGGAAACCCGCCAGCUCUAAAUUACUCAUAAAUGAUCGUUUUAAGUGAAAUCCGAUUAUACCUAAAUAGAUUUUUACUUCUGAUCAUUCUGCAAAAUGAAAAUGAAAAGCCUAAUCAAGAUCAAAUUUGCAUUUAUCCGGCAAAAGAAGACCCGAAUACAUUUAUAAGGCUGCUGUUUGGCCUUUGUGUCUCAGGAGUGAUGAGCAAUACAGUACGAACUGAAACAUUCAUGCCUCUCGGCAAAAUUAACUGCACAGAAGGGGGACUGACCUCUAAAGAUGAUUGUUGGGAAUGAAAGGGAGCAGUCAUGCCUGUUGAUGAAGCUGAUAGUGAAAGAUGUGAACAGAUGACCAAUUUUAUUUCUCAUUACUUGUUGAUUAUUCUGCCCCGCGUUAUUCAGAUUCAAAUUAUUGCAGAAUUGCUGUGGGAUCUGUGUAAAUUCCAACGGAGCCGAGCGACUCGCUUUCACGACGAAUGAUUAUUCGCUCACAGGUUAAUUCAUUCUUUUCUGGCCAGAUGGAGGUACAGAUGUAAGAAUUAGCAAAUGAAGAGAGGAGAACGGGUGGAGCGAAACAAAUGUUAAAUUUAGACGUUAAACUGAGAGGCUUGAAACAUUUCUGUUGUAAAGGAGCUGCUUGAAUUGCUUUGUUCUUUUAUCUCUUACAAUACAACUCACGGAGGAGCCUUUUUAUA